AGAGAGAAUUCAGAUAUUUAAAUUCUGAAUACUUCAAAAGCCAGUUUCCCACAAGGCAGCCAGUUCCUUAUGCCAUCCUUCUACAGGGGAAAUCAGCUUCUUCCUCACCUGGAACUAUGCCCUAUUAGUCUUUUUUGUUUUCUGUGUGGAUUCUGCAGCUUUGGAGUUUCUGUCUAACUCUGUGGACUUGUAUGAAAGUUUAGGCUCAGAUGGGUGAAGAAAAUGUGAUAAAAGUUUGAUUGCUUUUGAAUGUUAUUGUCGCAGGAAGAAAAGGAGAAUUGCCAUUGUUUGGUACCGUUAAAACCACUCUCAGUCAGCUUGGUGUAGGUACACUGGGCAAUCCUAGAGCAGUGUAGUGCGGAUGCCUUGAAGAUGUUUUCUACUCCCGUAAAAACUUAAUUUAUAGAUAGAAUUGCAGAUAUAAACAGAGAAAUCAGAGCUAUUCCACAGGUAUCAACGCAGAUCGCAAAGAGAGGGUAAUUCCUAGGUCUGGAAGCCUUUAUUUCUUUCUCAUCAGUUGUAAUUGAUAGAAUGAUGCCUUUAAGACUGUGCCACAAAGACCUUGGCAAGAAAUGUGGGCAGCUCUCAACAUUUUACUCAAUUUGAUGGUAACAGAAAUAGACAGCAGAAUCAUCGUUGCUGGUACUUUGUGUUCAUAUUUGUUUGAUCAGUUUGACAGCAGGACAUGUACCUGCCUGGAGCCUUUUGGCACAACUGAAAGAUAUUUUAAAAGGAGAAAAAAAAAAUUUCAGGGAGCUGUCCUGUCCCUUUAUGCAGUGACACUGUUUUGUGUCUUUCUGUUCAGCUUCCUUGUGUUUCUGAAGUACCAGAUUUAUUACGGUUACCCUCUGCAGACUUACCUGGAAUAUCCUAUCAUCAUUGCCCAAGAUAUCAUUCUCUUUUUGUUUAUUCUGCAUUUCAGUGGAAACAUGAAACAAGCUUUGCUCUACACAGUCACAUUUGUGGGGGGGUGGUGCAUGCUGACACUGCAGAAGUGGAUAAUAGACCUGGCGAUGAAUUUGUGCACGCUAAUCAGUGCAGCAAGUAAGCUUGCUCAGCUGCAGUGUCUCUGGCAGACAAAAGAUUCUGGACAAGUGAGCGCCUUGACCUGGAGUAUGUCUGCAUAUACCUGUGCAACAAGAAUAAUUACUACUUUAAUGACUACGAAUGAUCUUAUAGUUCUCAUCCGUUUCAUAACCAUGCUCAUUCUCAAUAUCUGGGUCACAGCCACAAUCCUGCACUACAGGAAAACUAAAAAGACCGAUUAGAAGACACCCAUCAGCACACAAUAUAGCUAUCAUUAAAAGAACUGGAACAAUUAAGUUUAAACAACAAAACAGGGUUUGAGGAAGCUCUCUCUAGCUUAUCUUAACAUACAUAGUAUAGUCAUGCUUGUUUUCUGUUAGAAAUAAUUUUAAUAAUAAGAUACUCCUUUUAAGCAGCAUUUUUUUAUUGGUCAUUUAAGACAAGUUUCACUGUAUCACAUUUUCUCUGGAAUUUUUUACUAAAUGAACAAGGUAUUUUGUAUUUAGAUUUUUUUAUAUAUUUUCAUACCACUUCAGUACUUUCUGGUUACAUAUAAGCAGUUUUCUUCAAUUACACAAGAGCAAUUUUGCACCAACAUAUUAACUCAUCUUCCUGCAUCUCUUAUCCUUCUGCAUCUGCUAUGAGUUUCAAAAAUAACAGUAGAUGUUUGGCUUUUUUCUUGCAAGCAACUCAUUAAUUAGACAUUAACUUAUCAGUAUUUUAGGAUAAAGAAAAUCUGAAUCAAGGCUCAAUUCAAAAUAAGGUUCUAAAUGUAUUUUAUUAAGUCACAGAUCCAGUUGGGAUUGCAGCACUUACACACAACACUUAAAUACUAUAAUUUAUACAGCUAAUAUAGGAUACCCAUGAUCACUUUUUUCAAUAUAACCAGUUUUUAUUAGGAUAAAAGCAAAAACUCAACUAUGAAUUCUUCUUUUUCUACACUGCAGCUUGAACUCUUAUACUUGAACUCUCAAACAUACUGUCUUGGGAAAAGCAGAGACUAGAACGUAUAGAAAUUGAUGAGACUAGUAGAGUUAAAAGUUGUGUUCAAGCAGAAAUUCCCGAACUGAUACCCAGAGUCUCCAAAUGUAGUCUGUGCUGAUGAUGACUCAAUUACACAUGCAGCUUGUUGCACCAAAGCAAACUUGUCUCAAAUGUGUUUUUUUUUUUGAUGACGCUAGUCUGUGCUUUGUUAGUUUUUAGCCUUUCUGUGCUGAGGAAUGCAAAGACUGCACUUGAAUUUUUCCUUAGGACAUUCUAAUCAAUAUGCACUAGGUAUAUUUAAAAAAGGAAAAGGAUAUUCUUCAGUAACUAUUAAAGGAGGAUUUUGCUUUUGCAAGUAAUACAUUUCCAACUAACAGUUAUAGGUGAUAAUCAUACAGCUUGCCCUCAUUUCUCAUCAUUACAUUUUCCAAAUGGAGAAAGUAUGCCUUUUGAAAUGAGUUUUUAUAGUAUUACUGUUCAUGUGGCAUGUUAAAACCAAGGCACCCUUGAUCCUGGAACCCUUGAGAAGCAUCGGAAGACUCCACUGACUGCGUUUGAGGCAGGUUUUCUCUAACGUUAUUAAUCAUUGGACACUUGUGGAACAGUGGGAUCUGCAAAAGCAGACCUUUCUGCCAGGGCAUGGUCCCUGGGACAGAAGUCUAGUCAUGCAGUCAGACUGAGCCCUUCAGUAUCAGAAAACAUAGCUGCCUUGUAAACUUUAACUUUUGGAGUGGUGGAAAAGGGUUUCUGUGGCCGUGUGAUUCCCUGUCUCUGAAAUUAUGCAGAGCAAGUUAAAAGAUGGGAAUUUGUUUUUCUGCUGCUCUCAGAAGUGUCUGUGUUGGUUGAAAAAGUAUUUGUAAACGUUCUGUUACUGAUUUUAUUAUAACUAUGUAAAAUAUCUUAAGUGGUUUAAGUACUUUGGUGGCAUGUGAUAUAUUUUUCAGGUCGUAUUAAUAAAUCGUAUUCUUAAUGAUCAAUUAAUGUCAUUUUUACAGUGAAUUUUCAUUUCAUUUAUUUAUUUUCCCAUUCCCAUAUAUGGAGAGAAAACUGAAUAUUCAUUACAGGUCAUUAAUGGGCAUUUUUACUGUACCUUAAUACUUGAAGCAUCAUGCCAUAUAUUAACCUGUGUAAUGCUAAAGAGUUCCAACUUAUCUUAAAGGGAAAAAAAAGCACUUAUUUCUCAUCUCCAUUUUUCUUUGGAUUAAAGCCUCGUCUUGAUAGAGAUCAUCAUGCUAGAGAAAUAUUUUUUUAUAAGUCAAAACACUGUCUGUUACGGAUGUCUUUCAUACUCCUAAGUGAUGCUGUAGCAAAAUCAAGACAUUUCAUCAUUCUCGGUGUGAAGAUCAGCACUUCAGGUUGAGUUUUUCUUCAUCAAAAAACACUGAAAAUUCAUUUUAAGAAGUCCGUUAUGGUUACUUAACAUUUAGAAGAAAUCAGCUUAUAAACCUGCGGAAAAAAAGAGACUAAGGAAAAGAAACAGAGCUGGAUAAUUCACAAGAUGAUUAAAGUAGAAUAAGUUUGUGGAUUUGGCAAACAUGACCAUCAGUUCUCUCUCAAGCUGCAUGAAAACAAAUCAGAAGGUAGCAGUAGAUAAGAUUAUGUGCACUUGUUUUUCCAGAGAAUAAUUUAUUUCACUUUUGUAAGGCAGAAAUACGGCAAAGUCCUGCCCAAGCCUCAUGAAGCGUGGACCCUGUGGUUUUCAAAUAAGUAGGCCAUAAUCUUCUCAGUAGCUGGAUUAAAGAUAACACCUUUAGACAAGAUAGCUGGGGAAAGAAAAUCCUAUUAAACUUGUCAUUCAACAGUAUCAUGCUGGACACAACUAAGUUGUUUGCUGCGUAAUGCAGCAACUCACCAAAGACAUGCAAAGAAAGUAUCUUGGAUUUGUUUCAGUGUUUGUAAGCCAAUAAGCAGCUUUUAUCUACAGGGUUUGAAGUAACACAUUCCCAUUCAUAUAUUUUGUAGAAGCGCUGAGCUACAUGUUCAUUUGCUAAUUGCAGCAGUUCACAGCAUGCUCACAGGGUGAAAUAAAUAGCAUUUCCUGACCUGAACUCAGAGUGGGGCCUACUGGGCUUUUCAUAAAGUACGAGUUUUCUUUCUGUGAAAAUACAAGAUUUGAAUUUUCAAAUCUUGAGUCUAUUGAAAUUUCAGUAUAAUCCUAAAUGCAGUUAUGAAUCUAAUAAAUUAUGACUAUGCAUUGGUAACAGUAAGCAAUAAGCCACAUUUAGCCAUAAAGCUCAGUUGAAUAGUAUAAAAAAAAAUUUUCAUCAGAUUUGCUAUACUAAAAAAAAAAAAAAAAGACUAAGACAUGAUUCUAGGGAGUAGAAGAUGUAUGGCUUACUUUUCUAAAAAGCAUCUUUCUGAACUGCUCUCAGUGAACAGGAAAAUCAUACACAAAUGCAAAACCAGUGCUAAUGAACAUAGACAUCUCCCCUACCUGACCUACAGGCUUCCGUAUGCUUGGCAUUUUGCACUGAAUGCCGGACUCCUUUAGCGGUGUUGCUAGAUGUGUUACUUUUCGUUACACUAAUCCAGAUAAAGAUUUUUUUUCUCUCACCGUGCAGAGCUCCCUUUCCCUCCCUACCUGAUAUCUGAGCCUCUUCUUCUGGCUUAAAUUGUGCAUGUAGCUGCUGCCUAACCUGUUUUUGCUAAAGUCGUCUAUUAAAACAGGAGAGAAAGGGGGGGGCAACAUCACUUCUGGUGUUCAGGAGCAGGCUUUUAGAGCACCUGGACUCUUUGGGGAAACAGGUUCAUCUGCAAUUAUCUAAAAGGUCUCAAAACUGAACAGCCCACAACUUGCAAAGAGCCUUCAUUCUAUGUCUUCUAUAUGAGGUAAAAUUACUCUUCCCUCACCACACAGUCACUAUCCUUCCAAAAAACAUGUAACUGAAAAAAAAGGAAGUAACAUAGCCCACAGGAGGAACUCUUACAGGUGAAAAGCUACAGGGAUGUGGAGAUCAGCUCAUGUAAGGUCAUUUUCCAGCCACGUAUUUACUGUGGUGAUGUAUAAGAGUUAUUUUCCUGCUAUUUUUAGGCUAAUUUGUUCUGUUCUCUUCCAUGUUCUUCAACUUUUUAUUUGAUUUAUAUUUGUGCAGGGGGAAAGAUAAAAGGUUGCCUUCAUCACUAAUAAUGGUUUAAGAAUGCCCCAGUUUGGAAUGUAAGGAAGCUAAAAAUGGUUGAAAAAAAUUAAAAUUGGAAGUCAUCAUUAAAUUCUUAGUGCAUAUAGGAUUUAAUUUGUUUGCUUUACGUAGAGGUAUCCAAGAUGUCUUGGAGAGUAUUGCUGUAGAUACCUAAUAGAUGCCUAAGAGCCAAAAGAAAUGUAUCCUAAAGAACCUGUCAGUUAAUCACUUCUGUUAGAUCAAAUUGCAAUACCUUGGUAGUGCUCCUGGCAGACCUCAGAUGUUUCCUGCCUGAUGGCAACAUAGACAUAGACAUCUCCAAGUUCAAGAUGCCAACUAUUCCAUCCCACCUUAGGAAGUGGUUUGGGAUAAGUACUGUCCCUACCUUGCAGAAAAUCGGAUUUUGGAUUAAGGAAUAAGAGCUUUUUAAACUACAGACUAUUUUUGAUGAAAUGCACUUGCAAUUAUCCUAAGGACAAUUUAAACAAUUGCCACAAUUUUGUUCAUGCCUUUUUAAGAAAGAUUAUUGUUUCUGUCUUUUAAAUUGUGUCAGUAGUCCAAACAAACAACUUCUACCUAUUAUCUAUUCACAGGGAAACAGUUUAUAACAAGAUGGCGGACAUCUUGCUUUAUCUGGCAAAUAUUCUUGAAACUAAUUCAAAGGAAUGUAACAAGAAAAGCAAGCUAGAAAUGAUUAUGGUUAAAAUCUUCAAAAUUCUUUAUCAUCUGAGCAGUAACAUCACUCCACGCUAAGGAAUACUAUUAACCACCACUAUUGGUAUAAUUGCAAGUCUGUGCAUAUUACUACUGUGGGAUGUAUGCAUGCUUUACAGCUUUGAACUUGGAGACUUUGAUCAGCAGCAUCAAGAUGCUGACCUGUCUCACGCUAUGCAAAAAGCAUAAAUGGCAGAAUAUGAUGUUUCCUGUGCCUCAGUCUCCUCUCUGUCAUGUAGAUCGGCCAGAGCUGUAAUGAAGCAGGAAUUGAGCUCAUGCAAAGCAUAUUUUAAAUUAAUCCAGUUACUGUAAUGAAACUACUGUCUCUUUCAGCUUUGAGCAAUUGUUUGUAUAUGUAUUCAAUGGAGCUAACUUUCAAGGCAAUGAUUGGUCUUGACAGAGUUGAAUUUGUUUUUCAUGAAAUGCACUAUCAAUCAGCAUCGCUUACUGCUGGUCCCUUGGAGCUCCAGAAUAUUUUCCUAUCUAGGUGAUGAUGGUGUUUAUUUUAAGGUUGCUUGUAUGGUCACCAGCCCAAUAAUAAAACUCCCAUUGCUGUAGCUCUCAAUGGUAUAGGAAGCAUGUAAGGGAGCUCCCUUCCUACAUUGCUACAGGUGGUAUCUUAGGAGUGACUGAAGUUUGUAUGAAUCUCAGCUGACCCUCAGUACACCAAGGCUGCAGUAUGCCAGACAACAUCAUACAGGUGCAUGACGCUGUGUGAUGCAUUAGGUGAAGGUGAGUUCCAAAACUGCAGUCACACCAGGACACAGCUGCAAGGUUAUUUGAAAAAUGGAAAACCAUGACUGACUGGGGAGACGAAGCUAGGCCCAAUGAAUGCGAGAACAUUGUUCAGACAAUGGAGUUUCUGAUUCCUGACUAUUUCAGACUUAGAACAGUUAAGACAUUUAAUAUCUUAGAUACUUGCAAGAAAGUUUCCACCAAUUCACUUGUUAACAAAGGGUACCGCAUACGUAGAUACCCUGCUAACAUGGCAAUUUAGUGCUAAACUUCUAAGCAGGUGGCAAGCCCAAGGGAAAGAUCUGGUACUGGCAGUGAUCCCACAAGCCUCUCAUACUUCUUGUUGGGUGGUUAGGCAGACAUAGGUAGGCAGACGAUAUAAGGCCAGUGAGACAAAGAAGGGAGCAGGCUGUGGUGGGUAACAUCACCAUCUUCAACGGCCAAACUGAGUGUCCUGCUCCAAAAUGGACUGCCUUUGGUUUUUCUGUCAGGAUUCUCUGCAGUAACAGCUGUGGAGCCCUCUUCCACCACAAUGCUGGGGAAUGCUUACCAAGCACUGCAACAGCAUCUUGGGCAGAGGAUUCCUGAAGAGCUAAAAAGGAUGAUGACAGGUGGCAAGAUGAACUCGACAACCUAAAAGACACACUACGACAUGUAAUAUGGGACCACACAUACAAGUUUGUUCGUAUCUCUCAACAAACACUGAAGGCUUGGACCUCAAAAUGGGGUGAAACAAGUGAGAUGUCACAGUGAGUUGCCUUGGCUGUGGAAACAUUUCAACAAAGCUCCUCCAGGCUACCUAAAAAGAGCUGCAAUGAGUGCAGGUGAAAGUGCCCAGUUGCUACUCUGGGCACUUUCUUACCAAGGUGAAAAUACAUCUUUCCGUAGUUCUCUGAAGUAUACAUUUACAUUUCAUAAUUUUGCUCCCUUAUGUAGCAGUCCUUUCAUUGUGACUUUCAUUUUGAUGACUUUAACCUGUGUCUUCUUUAUGUUUAUGCUGCAAGAGCAGCACCGGUCACAUCUAGCAGUGCAUUUGCAGUAGCAAGCGUCAGGUAGUAACUGGACUUUCUGACCCUUGUAAAACAAUGCUUCCUGCCUACAGCGGGAAACAUUCACAUCCCCUAUCUUCCCAGCAAGGCCUGGCAAUUAGCAUCCUUGAACCGCAACACACGGUGGGUGUGUUUGUGCUAACCAUUUCUAGUUCCUCUGAAUCCCUACAUCUUGGAACCAUGAUUUUCUGGGGAGCUCAUUCAUUGAAGUAAUUUCUAGAGAGUAAUGGACUAGGUGUUUAGAUACAGUGUUUUUCUUUUCUGCCAUAGAUAUCUCAGUAGAGUUGCCCCAUUUCUUAGAUGAGAAUGUCUAAAAGUACAUUAUUUUCUACUUUAAAGUUACUUCAACGAGGAACAUACGUAAAUUAGUUUCAGAACUGCUCCAUCAGUUUCCUUAUGGAGAUCCGAGAGAAAAGUCCUUCCUGCUCUCAUGGGGGAUACUUCAAAGCAGUCAGCAAAAUCCCACGAUCAUGAAACACUGAUAAUCCUCUAAGUAGCUUAUAAUAUCAUCUUCAAAAAUACCAAAUAAAGUUUUCACAAUUUGAAGUGAGGCAUGGGCACAUGUGGUAGUCCACAAGCUAUUCUGAAGACUGACAGCAAUCCGGUGAAAAAAACGAACCACUAUUCUAACAUACCAAGGAAAAGUACUGCUUUAACCAGGAAGGGAGAGGAGACUGAAUACUCCAAUUCCCUGAGCUGGACCAUAGCCUAUUAUCAUCUCCUACCUUAAAAAUAAAAUAAUUAAGGUGAUGGUAAGGCUUCUUAAGAGCCCUGCAGCUAUGAAGUCUGUCUUCAUAAAAGUUCCCCCCUUUUACAGCAUCAUCCUCAAAAUAACCUCAUAAGCAUAGAUGCGUGAAGGCACUUGAGAUCGAGGUAAAAACACUCUCCAAGGAUGAUUCUCUUGGAGCUAUAUGGGAAAUCAACACAUUGCAGGAGUACCUAUGCAAAUGCUCAAAAUUCUAGUGAUUGUUUGACACUGACUGAGACACUAAAGAAAGUAAAAUAUUUCUACUGGCAGCUUUGCUGGCCUUGGAGACUUAGGAGAGCUGUAGAAUGGCUGUUGAAGACGUAAAGAGGUUCAGUACCAUCAGCAGAAGUGGGAGGAAAUUUAGACACUUGCAGUGAAACUUAGUGACUUUUUAAAUCUGGCCACUGACACCAAACUGCCAAGAUACCUGAGCCUCUUGUCUGUCUGCUUAUCCGAGGUGUUACUAUGGUCCACAUCAUGUUUUGGUUACAGCAUCAACCAUUCCAAGAAGCACAAGAGCCACAGUGUUUUCUUCACUACGCACACUUGGUACUGGAUCAUUGGCAUCAGCCUGAGGGGUUGAGCUUUGGCAGGAACUGCUGGGACUAGGAAGUCACAGUACACAAAUAGGACAGAAGUGGAAAAAUAUCAGAAAAGGUCUUUGUGACAACUGACACAGAUGACAACACAUGGGGGUUUUUUUUGUCCAACCUCAGUGCUGCUGAGCUUUUAGAUGGGAACCAAAGAACAACUUCCCUAAAAGUAUCCUGAGCUCCUGGCUGCAAGCUUGGCUCCGGAUUUUUCCAGAAAGUUAAUAUGUAGCUUGGCUAUGCUGUCCUUACACUUUUGUGAAACUAAAGGACUUACAAGGAGAGAUUUUCUAUAUUAUAUGGAUAUUAUCAUCCAGGCCAUACAAACAUCCAAUUUUCUGAGACAGCCCUGUUACAAAAGGAAAGUGUUUAAACCUCAGUGACCUUAAGACAACUAUUCCUUAAUCCAAGAAUACUCCGUUCUCUUAAAACUUAAAAGAGGUUACCCUUGGACAACAAGGAAACAAAAUUAUCUUUGGGAGCAAACAUUUAAGAAGAAUUUGUUGCAGUCCAUAGAUCAGCAGAGAGGAAGGAGCUCCGUCUCGAGCAGAAAGACAAGUGAGAACAGAAGGGCAGCUUCUGGGUACAAAACAAGGUUCACGUGCAUCAUACCAUUGACCAAAUUACCUCCCCAGUACAGCUCAACAGGGCCCACACUGUUCAUUCAUUUUGGGACAAAAUGCAUGAGGGAGAACUGAGGAGUACUACGUGACAUCCAUCCUUAGAGGCACUGAAAACUCUAAUAGACAAGGCCUUGAGCAAUCCAUUGCAAGUUAGUCCUGCUGUGAGGUAGAGGUCGGACCAGAGGACCUCUAGAGCUCACUCCCAGCCUACAUCUUCUAUAAUAGCUUCUAAAUACAGCCUGCUGUAUGUAUAACUAAUAACUGCUUGUACACGUAUACAAUGUAUAAAUUGUGGCUA